UACCAGAAGACUUGUUUCUACUCAACAUCAGAAAAAGUUACCAACAGCAGUCCUAAAACAGAAGGGCUGCCUCUGGAAACUGAGUGAAAGUUGGAGGGGCUUCUACUUAGGAGAUAAACAUCUGCGCAGAUUUAAAGGUGGGAAGUGCCUGAAGUGUGCAAGACUGUAAAGAGACUGACCUCCUAGCAGUCAAAGGCCGAUAAGGGGAAAGACUGAUUUUGAGGAUGUAGUUUUCAGAUGUUUCAAGUAUCGUGAACAGAGACUUGUUUGGAUUAUGUGUUUCUCAGCUAGACUGAAUAAAUGUUAACAAUGGAUAAGUGCAAACACAUUGGGCAGUUGCGGCUUGCUCAAGACCAUUCCAUCCUCAACCCUCAGAAAUGGCAUUGUGUGGACUGCAAUACAACUGAGUCGAUUUGGGCUUGCCUUAGCUGUUCUCAUGUUGCCUGUGGAAGAUAUAUUGAAGAACAUGCAGUCAGGCACUUUCAAGAUAGCAGUCAUCCUGUUGCCUUGGAGGUGAAUGAGAUGUAUGUUUUUUGUUACCUUUGUGAUGAUUAUGUUCUUAAUGAUAAUGCUACUGGAGACCUGAAGUUACUACGAAGUACCUUAAGUGCAAUCAAAAGUCAAAAUUAUCAGUGCACGACUCGUAGUGGAAGGGUUUUGCAGUCUGUGGGUACAAGUGAUGAUACUUAUUACUUACACGAUAGCACCCAAUCUCUGCUUCAAAAUGAAGAUCAAAUGUAUACUGCUCUUUGGCAUAGAAGAAGAAUAUUAAUGGGUAAAAUCUUUCGAACUUGGUUUGAACAAUCACCCAUUGGAAGAAAAAGACAAGAGGAACAAUUUCAGGAAAAAAUAGCAAAAAGAGAAGUGAAGAAAAGACGACAAGAAUUAGAGUAUCAAGUUAAAACAGAAUUGGAAAGUAUACAUCCAAGAAAGAGUUUACGUUUGCAAGGUCUAGCUCAGUCUACCACAGUAGAAAUAGUUCCUGUUCAAGUACCACUGCAAACCCCAGCAUCACCAGCAAAAGAUAAAGUAGUACCUACCUCAGAAGAUGUGAAAUUAAAAAAAGCCAAUGACUCCUCAGGUAAACAAAGGCCAAUAGUAACACCUGGUGUAACUGGAUUGAGAAAUUUGGGAAAUACUUGCUAUAUGAAUUCUGUUCUUCAAGUGUUGAGUCAUUUACUUAUUUUUCGGCAAUGUUUUUUAAAACUUGAUCUGAACCGAUGGCUGGCAGUGACAGCUAGUGAUAAGACAAGAUCACCUUAUAAGCAUCUACCAGUCACAGAUACAGUAUAUCAAAUGAAUGAAUGCCAAGAAAAAGAUACAGGCUGUGUUCCCUCCAGACAUCCAAGUUUAUCAUUAGGACUAAGUGGUGGAGCAUCAAAGAGUAGAAAGAUGGAACUUAUUCAGCCAAAGGAACCAAGUUCACAAUACAUUUCUCUCUGUCAUGAAUUGCAUACUUUGUUCCAAGUCAUGUGGUCUGGAAAGUGGGCCUUAGUCUCACCAUUUGCUAUGCUACACUCCGUGUGGAGACUAAUUCCAGCUUUUCGUGGUUAUGCCCAACAGGAUGCUCAGGAAUUUCUCUGUGAACUUUUGGAUAAAAUACAACAUGAACUAGAGACAACUGGUACUAGGUUACCAGCUCUUAUCCCCACUUCUCAAAGGAAACUUAUCAAACAGGUUCUGAAUGUUGUGAAUAAUAUUUUUCAUGGACAACUACUUAGUCAGGUUACAUGUGUUGCAUGUGACAACAAAUCAAAUACCAUAGAACCUUUCUGGGACUUGUCAUUGGAAUUUCCAGAAAGAUACCAAUGCAGUGGAAAAGAUGUUACUUCCCAGCCAUGUCUGGUUACUGAAAUGUUGGCCAAAUUCACAGAAACUGAAGCUUUAGAAGGAAAAAUCUACGUAUGUGACCAGUGUAACUCAAAACGUAGAAGGUUUUCCUCAAAAUCAGUUGUACUCACAGAAGCACGAAAACAGCUUAUGGUUUGUCACCUACCUCAGGUUCUCAGACUACAUCUCAAACGAUUCAGGUGGUCAGGACGUAAUAACCGAGAGAAAAUUGGUGUUCAUGUUGGCUUUGAAGAAAUCUUAAACAUGGAGCCUUAUUGCUGCAGGGAAUCCCUGAAAUCCCUCAGACCAGAAUGUUUUAUCUAUGACUUAUCUGCUGUAGUAAUGCACCAUGGGAAAGGAUUUGGCUCAGGACACUACACUGCCUACUGCUAUAAUUCUGAAGGAGGGUUCUGGGUACACUGCAAUGAUUCCAAGCUAAGCAUGUGCACUAUGGAUGAAGUAUGCAAGGCCCAAGCUUAUAUCUUGUUUUAUACCCAGCGAGUUACUGAGAAUGGACAUUCUAAACUCUUGCCUCCAGAACUCCUGUCUGGUAGCCAACAUCCCAAUGAAGAAGCUGAUACCUCUUCUAAUGAAAUCCUUAGCUGAUCCAAAGACAGUGGGGCUUUCUUCUUGUGAUUUUAUAUAUACUUUUUAAAAGGGCUUACGAUUUUGAGCUUCAUUGUUUUAAUUUUUUACUUAGGAAUCAGUGCACAGUUUAUACAUUUUGUAUCCACAACAAAACGGUUUUUACAGAGACAAAACUAGCAUAAACAUGUAUAUCAAUGACAGCAGGUAACUAAACUUUUCUCAAGUACUUGGGAGUUUUAAACUUUCAGUGUUUACUUCAUACUGGCAUUACUUCUUUUAUAUUUUCAUGUCUUAAUUGGCUCAGAUCAUGAAUUUGUGCAAUCUUUUACUGAAGUUCAGGUGGCAUCAUUUUAUACAUUUUUUAUUUAGCUUUUGUAGGUAUUUUCUAUACAAAUUCUUAUUAGGUGGAAAUUAGAUAGUCUUCACUAAUGAUAUUACCAAAAAAGAAAAAAUUUCUUUCAGGCCAUUUGCAUAGUGAAGUUACCUUUGCCCCUUGACGGCAGUUAAACUACUACAUUCACUGUGAAAUACCAAGGUAUUACCUAAAUACUCAUCAGUCACACUAAUUGAUACUCCUGAGGCUUUGUGUGUUACAGGACUCAGAACAAACAUUCCUUUGAUUAAAGGAACUUCAUUUUUUUCAAAAAUGUAUUAAGUUUUAAUAAUUGUUCUUUAUUUGGCAUAGUCAAACUUCAUACAAAUGAAAAUGACAGCUUUAUAAAUAGUAUAUUUAAAUUACUUCAGUACUGUGGACAUGAAAACAAUGAUGGCUCAGACUUACAAUGAUUUGUUUGGCAGCAAACAGGUUUGUCCAGAUUCUAAUAAAGCAGUCUUAUCAAAAAUCUGAAUUCAGCAGUGUAUUAUGGUAAGCAAGUACAGUUUAACUUGGAUGUGAGGUUUUUUUUUAUGUUUAACAUUAGAUCUCUUAAAAGCUUUGUACUGUAUCAUAUCUUGAGAUUUUUAAAGGAAAAAAAUAAGUCUUCUUUAAGAGAAAAAAUUGCUUAAAACAGAGAAGAUAAUUGUUCAAAAUUGGCAACUGGGCAAUAUAUUCAGCAUCUCAUUUUUUUCUAAAUAAUUUUUCUAAAUCUCAUUUUCUAAAUAGGCUUGGAUUACUCACUCUUGCUCCGAUUAUGUGAAGACUAGGAACCUCAGAUGUUCAAAUACUUGGCCCUUUUAAAAAAAACUAUCUAAACUUCCAUUUUAUUAUAAAUAUGUUAUGAAAUACUCUUUGCUCUUCCCAAAUAAUCUUACUAGAUCUCUUUAAAUUCCUACUGCUGCUAAUUUAUCAUCCACUAACCUCUAUAGAUCAGCUAUUUCACAUCUUAGCUCAGUGUUAACCCCUGGAAGAUCAUUUAUUCUUUUUAGGUUUGCUUGUAGGUUGAAAUCUUCAUGAAAGAUAAUACCCUAUAGAAUGCUGUUUUUUGCCAGUGUUCAUCUAUUAAGUAUAAGCUUGAAAAGGACCUCUAUUAGCAAAUUUUCCUUAAAUUUCAGAGAGCAAGUUGCUGGGGCAGCUGAUCAUGAAGUGCAAUGAGAAUUUAUCACUGAACAGACAAGUCAUUUAUGCCAAAAUACAGCCUGAGUAUUAAAUGGCUAAAGUUUAAAAUCUUUCACUUAAUUACCUAUGCAAGUUGUUACCUCAACUGUUAAUGUAAUUAUACCUCAUUAAAGAUUUAUGUGGUCAAGA